AUGCAAGAGCCUCCUGUAACAAUUGUGAAACCACUUGAAGACCAGCAAGUAUUUGUGGGAGACAAAGUAGAAAUGGAAGUGGAAGUGUCAGAAGAGGGAGCCCAAGUUAUGUGGAUGAAAGAUGGAGUAGAGUUAACCCGUGAAGAGACCUUCAAAUACAGAUUCAAGAAAGAUGCAAAAAAACACAUUCUAAUUAUUAAUGAAGUUACUAAAGAAGAUACUGGGCGUUACCAAGUGAUGACCAAUGGAGGAAAGUGUGAAGCUGACCUUAUAGUUGAAGAGAAGCAGCUGGAAGUUAUACAAGACAUUGCGGACUUGACUGUAAAGGCAACAGAACAGGCUAUCUUCAAAUGUGAGGUGUCUGAUGAAAAGGUCACUGGCAAGUGGUAUAGGAAUGGAGUGGAAAUCAGACCAAGCAAGCGUAUCACAAUGACCCAUAAGGGCAGAAUUCACAAGUUGGUGAUUGAUGAUGUCCGACCAGAAGAUGAAGCCGACUACACGUUUGUUCCCGAUGGAUUUGCUUUGACUCUGUCUGCCAAGCUCAACUUCCUUGAGAUCAAAAUUGAAUAUGUUCCUCGUCACGAACCACCUAAGAUCCAUCUUGAUUGUUCUGGGGGUGAACAUGUCAACACUAUCAUUGUUGUGGCUGGAAACAAACUUCGCUUUGAUGUCCCAAUUACUGGAGAGCCUGCACCUACUGUUUCCUGGUUCAAACUAGACAAGGAAUUAAAAGACACUGAUGGCAGAGUUCAUAUAGAACUUAGAACAGAAUUAAGCAGUUUAGUGAUUGAAAGCGCAGAGCGAUCUGAUGAAAGCUCAUACAAUAUUGUGGUAACCAAUCCAGUUGGUGAAGAUAAGGCCACGUUGAUUGUUAAAGUUGUUGAUGUCCCCGAUCCACCAGAGAAUGUUCGUAUCACCUGUGUAGGUGAGGACUGGGCAAGUGUUAUUUGGGACCCACCAAAAUAUGAUGGUGGAAAGGAAGUAACAGGCUACCUUAUAGAAAGGAAAAAAAAAGGCAGCCAAAGGUGGAUGAAGAUGAAUUUUGAAGUGUACACUGAAACUUCAUAUCAGUCAACAAAGAUGAUUGAAGGCAUCAUGUAUGAAAUUCGAGUCUUUGCAGUCAAUGCCAUUGGCAUUUCCCAACAGGCUAACACUUCCAAACCAUUCAUGCCAAUCGCUCCCACCAGUGAACCUCUACAUUUGACGGUUGAGGAUGUAACAGACACCACCUGCACACUAAAAUGGAGGCCCCCAGAUCGUAUUGGAGCUGGUGGAAUUGAUGGUUAUCUGAUUGAGUACCACAAAGAAGGAUCUACUGAAUGGAUAGCUUCCAACCAAGAGCUUGUAGAAAGAUGUGGAUUCACUGUGAAGGAUCUUCCAACCGGAGAAAAGGUUGAAUUCCGUGUGAUUGCAGUAAACAUUGCUGGAAAAAGUGAACCAGCAGUCAUGGCUCAGCCUGUCACUAUUCGGGAGAUUGUGCAACAACCAAAGAUUCGCUUACCUCGCCAUCUCAGACAGACGUAUAUAAAAAAAGUGGGGGAGCAAGUCAAUCUGGUUAUUCCUUUCCAGGGAAAACCAAGACCAAAGCUCACGUGGUCAAAAGAAGGCCAGCCCUUGGACCCAAAGCAAAUCAGUAUAAGAACAACUGAUGUUGACACUAUUAUGUUUAUCCGAUCUGCUGAACGAAGUCACUCUGGAAAGUAUAGUCUCACUGUGCAGAUUGAAAACAUGCAAGACACUGCAACAAUAAACAUUCGUAUUGUAGAAAAGCCUGGUCCUCCACAAGCUGUGACUGUCAAAGAGGUCUGGGGUUUUAAUGCCCUGGUGGAAUGGGUGCCACCAAAGGACAACGGAAAUUCAGAAAUCACAGGCUACACUAUACAAAAGGCUGAUAAGAAGACAAAGGAAUGGUUCACCGUAUAUGAACACAAUCGUCAGCCACGCUGUACAGUGUCUGACCUCAUCAUGGGAAAUGAAUAUUACUUCAGAGUGUUCAGUGAGAACAUAGUUGGCCUUAGUGAGAAUCCAGGAGUCUCCAAGAACCUAGCCGUCAUUCAAAAAACAGGUCUGGUCUAUAAGCCACCUGACUAUAAAGAAAAAGACGCCAGCAUGGCUCCUAAAUUCCUUACACCCCUUAUAGAUCGCUGUGUAGUGGCUGGAUACAGCACAGCCUUGAACUGUGCGGUUAGAGGUCAUCCAAAGCCUAGAGUGAUCUGGAUGAAAAAUAAAAUGGAGAUUAGAGAUGACCCUAAAUUCCUUAUGAAACAUAGCCAAGGUGUCCUAACACUGAACAUCCGAAAACCAAGUCCAUUUGAUGGAGGAACCUACACCUGCAGGGCCAUUAAUAAUCUGGGAGAAGCUGAAGUAGACUGCAAACUGGAAGUUAAAG